UCUCAGCAAACAAUAUUUAAAUUUCAUACGCGCAAUGGAGAGUAGCAAACUGUUUGACGUGUUCAACGAGUCCGACAGCGGCUCCGAGAUGUCAGACGUUGAGGAGGACUUCCAGACCACGACAACGACUGCAUCGAAUGACUCCGAGCUGAAGCGGAAACAGACUGAGGACGAGAGUGAAGACAUGGGCAGCAGCAUCGGCGACAGCCAGACAGACGAGGCUGACACAAAGCGGUCGCGCGUAGACUCUGACGCUGUGUCCAAGAAGCAGCAGCCCGAGCAGGCAGCGAUCCUGGCCGACUCGUUCGAGGAGGACCUGAGGCGCGAGGCGGACAAGGAGACAGGCAAUCUGGUUCUGAGCCACUCAGUGCGCCACCAGGUGUCGAUUCCGCCUGGCUAUGAUUACGUGCCCCUUUCGCAGCGGCCAAAGAUCGCCGAUCCGGCGCGCACCUACCCGUUCGAGCUGGAUCCGUUCCAGGCAGCCUCCGUGCAGUGCAUUGACAGUGACGAGUCGGUGUUGGUGGCCGCCCAUACGUCGGCCGGUAAGACCGUCGUGGCCGAGUACGCAAUUGCACAGUGCCUGCGCAACAAGCAGCGCGUUAUCUACACGUCGCCGAUCAAGGCACUGUCGAAUCAGAAGUUUAGAGAGUUCCAGGAGGAGUUCAAGGAUGUGGGUCUGAUGACCGGCGAUGUGACGAUCAACCCACAGGCCAGCUGCCUAGUCAUGACCACCGAGAUUUUGCGCAGCAUGCUGUACCGUGGUUCCGAGCUGAUGCGCGAGGUUGCCUGGGUUGUCUUUGAUGAGAUCCAUUAUAUGCGCGACAAGGAGCGCGGUGUUGUCUGGGAGGAGACCAUCAUUCUGCUGCCCCACAACGUGCACUUUGUGUUCUUGUCCGCUACCAUCCCGAACGCCAUGCAGUUUGCCGAGUGGAUCACAAAGACACAUAACCAGCCGUGCCACGUUGUCUACACGGAUUUCCGGCCGACGCCACUGCAGCACUAUCUGUUCCCGCAGGGCGGUGACGGCAUCCACCUGGUCGUCGACGAGAAGAGCCAGUUCCGCGAGGAGAACUUUCAGCGCGCUAUCUCGUCGCUGCAGCAGGCACAGGGCCAGACGGCUGAUGACGUCAAGGGCAUCGGCAAGGGCAAGCAGAAGAAGGGCAAGUCGAACAAGGGCAAGCAGGGGUCCAAGAGCGACAUCUACAAGAUUGUGAAGAUGAUCAUGACCCGCAACUACCAGCCGGUGAUUGUGUUCUGCUUCUCAAAGCGCGAAUGCGAGGGUCUGGCGCUGCAGAUGAGCAAGCUCGACUUUAACACUGAGGACGAGAAGGAGCUUGUGUCCAAGGUCUUUAGCAGUGCCAUCAACUCGCUUGACGAGGACGACCGCAAGCUGCCGCAGAUCGAGAACAUCCUGCCGCUGCUGCGCCGGGGCAUCGGAAUCCACCACUCGGGCCUGCUCCCAAUUCUGAAGGAAGUCAUUGAGAUUCUGUUCCAGGAGGGUCUGCUCAAGUGCCUCUUUGCCACAGAGACCUUCUCCAUUGGCCUCAACAUGCCGGCGCGCACGGUUGUAUUCACCUCGGUGCGCAAGUUUGACGGCAAGGACUUCCGCUGGGUCAUGUCUGGCGAGUACAUCCAGAUGAGUGGUCGUGCUGGUCGACGUGGUCUUGACGACCGUGGCGUGGUCAUCAUGAUGCUGGACGAGAAGAUGGAGCCGGCGAUUGCCAAGGGCAUGGUCAAGGGCGAGCCCGACGUGCUGAACUCUGCCUUCCAUCUGUCGUACAACAUGGUUCUGAACCUGAUGCGCGUCGAGACGUUCACACCGCAGUUCAUGCUGGAGCGAUCGUUCCAUCAGUUCCAGACCCAGGCGCAGAUUCCCAAGCUCGAGGCCAAGGUGGACGACCUGCAGGAGGAGCUCUCGCUGAUGAAGAUUAACGACGAGCCCAGUGUCAAGCGCUUCUACGAUCUGCGCACCCAGCUCGAUUCGAUGUCGGGCGAGAUGGUCAAGGUCAUUGUCCACCCGUCCCACUCGCUGCCGUACCUGCAACCAGGCCGUCUGGUGCGGGUUAAUGUCGGGGGGCUGAACUUUGGCUGGGGCUGCGUGACGUUCUUCCAGCGCAAGAUCAUCAAGGACAACAAGAAGAAGAACCCGAGGUCCAAGGACGAGGACGACAAGAAUGUCGGUGCCGACGACUACAUUGUGGACGUGCUAAUGCACUGCAAGCGUGCUGACAAGGACACGCUGCGCAAGCUCGAGGCGACAUCAACUACCGAUGGCGAUAUGGCGACCAUGGUCGUGCCCGUUCUGCUCUCGGUCCGCGCGGCGUCGCAGCGCAGGGACAUGCGCAAGCGUCUGGCUGAGAUUCCGACCCUGGACCCGGACGAGGCGUUCAAGCAGCUUGCCCGCAAGAUCACAAUGCUGGAAACCAAGCUGCACGAGCACAAGCUGUUUGGCAGUCCUGAAGAAGCCGCGCUGUUCACAAAGUACCAGGAGAAGCUGCAGCGCAAGAUCUCGGACGCCAACUCUGCGCGCGACGUGAUCACGAUAAAGGGCCGGCUGCUCCUGACCGAGCUCAUGUUCCACGGUACGGUCUCGUUGCUAUCGUGCUUUCCGCCCAAGCUCAAGGAGGAGCUGGCAGCGCCGCUGCGCAUUGCGCAGACAUCGAACGAGUGCAAGCUGCAUGUCAACGAGGAGGAGUACCUGAUGGAUGUGUUCUCGCAGAUCUGCAAGAUGACAGAUGUGUUUGAGGGCUCGCUGAUCCGCGCCUUCCGCCGCCUCGAGGAGCUGCUGAGGCAAAUGUGCCAGGCGGCCAAGGCCAUCGGCAAUGUCGACCUGGAGAACAAGUUUGCGGACGGCAUCACCAUGAUCAAGCGCGACAUUAUCUUUGCUGCCUCACUUUAUCUUUAGCGACCCAUCCUUCUGCAGGCCUGUGACGUAUCUUUAUAAAAAAGACUUAUUCUUUUUGCUCGAUGAGUAGCGAUGCCAAAGGGCCCGGCCAACAGCCAGCUCCCCUCAGCCGACCCCCUCUCCCUCAGGCACACGUCAUCCAUAGGCUUCCCGCUAUUUUUACCAUAC